UCAUCUAUGUUUAGUGUUCGAGGAAUCAGUUCAUGCAUCAAAGGCCAAAAGUCAGUGUUGACCUCUCUUGGUCCUUUGGGAAGGGACGUCGAGAGCUUGGCACUGUGUAUGCGGGCGCUGCUCUGUCAGGACAUGUUCUCCUUGGACCCCACCGUCCCUCCCAUACCAUUCAACCAAGAGGUGUAUGAGAGCUCAGAGCCCCUGAGGAUUGGUUAUUAUGAGAACGACGGGUACCUGCAGCCGUCCCCAAGCAUGGCCAGGGCCUUCAGGGAGACCAAGGACCUGCUUGAGAGAGCAGGGCACACGCUGGUUCCAUUCCAACCCCUUCGGCUCUACCAUGCCUUCCAUGAGUUGACUGUCAGAGGAAUCUUGGGUGAUGGAGGUCGUACCCUCUUCAGUCAUCUGCAGGCAGGCCCCAUUGACCCAUGUCUCCGUGCUCAGGCCAACAUGUUGAGCAUUCCAGGCUUCAUAAAGAAGCUAAUUUCUAUUGUUCUCAAGCCUUUUUAUCCACGGUUAUCUGCAAACAUGGAUGCAAGUCUUGGAUUUGGGUCUGUGGCAGAAUUGUGGAGACAACAUGCAAAUAUUGAGGAAUACAUACAGGAGGUGAUAGCAGAGUGGAGGAGACUGAAUGUAGAUGUUUUGCUGUGUCCCAUGCUUGGACCAGCCUUCAAUUUCCGUUACUGCGGGAGUCUCAACAGUGCUCUGAGUUACACCAUCCUGUACAACCUGCUGAACUUCCCUGCCGGGGCCGUGACCGUGUCUACAGUGACGGAGGACGACGAGGCACAGCUCCGUCACUACAAGGGUGUCCAUGGGGAUGUGUGGGACAAACUCUUCGUUAAGGCGGUGAAGGGUGGCGUUGGUCUCCCUGUGGCAGUGCAGUGUGUGUCUCUGCCGUGGCAGGAUGAAAUGUGUCUGCGCUUUAUGAGAGAGGUGGAACAGCUCACAGCCCAGAGCAAACUCACCAGGAAACAUUAAUGACUGAAAUUCUGCUGCAUAUGUUUGUGGGCUGCUAACGGUUCAGUCUCGGGUGAGUCAUGAGCAGACCUGCUCUGAAUCUGUGACCGCAGAAACAUCCACAGAUGUUCUAGGAAACUCACAAAUCCUAUAUAUUGUUCAUCAAAAGUUUUAGCUGAUAUGAUGAUGCUUUCAGCUAAGAAGAAGUCUGGUACUCUUAACUCUGUAUGAUGCAUAUAUACCAUUGUACAUUUUUAAUAAUGUUUACUAAUGAUUGUCACUGUGAUUGUGUGUUAAGGUUUUGGAAGAAAUAAUGAUACUGUAAUGUUCAUUUACUUAUUUUUUCAAUGUUAAAAUACUUUUUCUUUUUUCAGAUUAAUAUUCUGAAAUUACUAUAAGUAAGCCAUUUGUAUGUUUGUCAACCAGUGGCAGGCGGGAAGAAUCUAUGUGAAAUCAGGCUUUAUUUUUCACAAUAACGUUUGGUGAAGAUAGUGCUGCUGAAAUUGCACACCUUAAAGGUGACAUAUCAUGAAAAUCUGACUUUUCCAGGUUUUAAGUGCUAUAAUCAGGUCCCCGGUGCAUCUA